AUGUCCAAUGCCAUACGCACCUCCAGGGUUGGACUCCGUGCAGCAGAGAGGAAGUGGAGGACAUCCAGAGAUGCUUCAGACCUCUCUGCCUACCAAUCCCUCCUUGCAGCGUUCUCCUCCACGGUGACUGCUGCCAAGAAUGAGCUCCUCGAUCCCCAUCAGUCUGGAUUCAGACCAGGCCACUCGACAGAGACCGCACUCCUCUCUGUCAACGAAGCUCUCCACGCAGCCCGAGCAGCCUCCCUCUCCUCCGUCUUAUUACUUCUGGACCUAUCGGCAGCCUUCGACACAGUCGACCACCCCACCCUCCUGUCCUCCCUAUCUGCAAUGGGGAUCUGUGGCACAGUCCUCAAUUGGAUUGAGUCUUACCUCUCAGAUCGCUCCUUCCAGGUCUCAGCCCGCAUCACUGCCUGCCUGAGUGAUAUUCAGAGCUGGAUGGUCCGCCACCAUCUCAAGCUCAAUCCAGGUAAGACAGAGCUCAUUUAUAUUCCGGCUCUUAACUCCCCUCUCUCUGAUCUCUCUAUCUCCCUAGGUAAUACCAUCCUCACACCAUCACCCUCAACUAGAAACCUUGGCGUGGUGAUGGACAACAGACUGUCCCUCACCGAGCACAUUUCAGCAGUGACACGUUCAUGCAGGUUCUUCCUGUAUAACAUCCGGAGGAUCCGCCCCUUCCUCACAACUUACUCAACCCAACUCCUCGUCCAGGCAGUGGUCCUGUCCCGCCUGGACUACUGUAACUCCCUGCUUGCUGGCCUCCCAGCAUCAUCUAUCAGACCCCUGCAACUCAUCCAGAACGCAGCAGCGCGUCUGGUCUUCAACCUCCCCAGACAUUCCCACGUUACCCCCUGCUCACCACCCUCCACUGGCUCCCCGUGAUGGCUCGCAUCAAAUUUAAAACAUUAGUGCUUGCCUUCAAAGCAGCCAGGGGGUCAGCCCCUCCCUAUCUACGUCAACUCAUCAGACCCUACACCCCAGCUAGACCUCUCCGUUCUGCUGCCACAUGUCGCCUGGUCCCUGCCCCGGCUCGCACCAGCACCCGGUCACGCCUCCUGUCUGUUCUAGCCCCACGGUGGUGGAAUGACCUUCCUGUGCAAGUCAGAACAGCAGAGACCCUGGCCGUCUUCAAACGUAGACUGAAGACUCACCUCUUCAAGCUACAUCUCACCUCAUCACCCCCCACUACCCUCUAACAUUUUUUUUCUAAAAAAAAAAAAAAAAAAAAAAUUAGGGUGUACAAUUCACACUUAUACCUAAGCAAAGUUAUACCUAUUGUAGCUCUCUUGCAGGAAUGUUGUAAAGCACUUGUCUCUGAGUUUUGUAAUGCACUUGUUGUAAGUCGCUCUGGAUAAGAGCGUCUGCUAAGAACCUAUAAUGUAAUGUAAUGUAAUGUAAUGCCUCAU